CUCUGAUUCAACUGGUGACCACAUUCGACACUAUCCCUUCGCCCAAUUCUCCGUCUGACCGGAAUCCAUGGGUUCAUGUCCCGGUAAAUUGUUCUGUGGUAUCCCAGGCAGAGCAUUAGAUUUACUGCCUAGACCACCAAAUCUAACGAGCAGUUCGCCUGCACACACUCGUGCAUGCAGAUCCACUCAUUCACGACUCCAGUGCAGCUUCACUUCACGCCCGUACCUACCGAAUUCACCACGCUCCUUCCAGUGACACAGGUCGCAACAAACAAGCUCUUCAUCGCAGCAUGGCAUCUUCGAUGCUCGUGUUUACGGCACUUGCCGUCGUAAGCACGCCCUUUGUUGCAUUAGUCUUCUGGAACUACGGCCUCCCGCUCCUCUUCCGAAUCAUAUCGCAGACCGUGGGCAUAACACUAGGCUGGUACCUGCGACGCAAGACAGAUGGUCGCCGGGCUUUGAUCUUACGAAUCACUGAGGACAACGAGAAAAUCUUCCAGGAGAAGAACUCUAGCCAGCACAGUGGCGGUAGUAGUAACAAUAGUCUGCGUGACUGGGAGACUAUUGAGGGCGGAGUUUCGGUCGGCACUGCGCAAAAUGGAGAGAAGGGUGAACAGGACUGGGAUGGCAUUGUCGCAUUCUUUCAUCCCUUUUGCAAUGCUGGUGGUGGAGGCGAACGAGUUCUGUGGGCUGCGAUUCGCGCUACACAGAAGAGAUGGCCCAAGGCGAGGUGUGUCGUGUACACCGGCGACCACGAAGUGACAAAGGAGAAGAUGCUCUCGAGAGUCGAGAAUACAUUUAGUAUACACAUUCACCCACCCACGAUCACCUUCCUCUACCUAUCGACGCGACACUGGGUCCUUCCUUCCACCUGGCCACACGUCACAUUGCUAGGGCAAUCUCUAGGCUCCUUGAUCCUGGGAUGGGAUGCCUUUUCGCUCCUGGUACCCGACAUCUUCAUCGACACCAUGGGCUACGCUUUCGUGCUUGGCCUGAGCAAGAUGCUGUUCCCAGACAUGCCAACCGGCGCGUAUGUACACUACCCCACUAUAUCCACCGACAUGUUGGAUUCCCUCGACCCAAGCACAUCGGUUGGCGGCCAAGGUGUGAACGCCGGCAAAGGGGUUGGCGCAAAGGGUAUGGCCAAGCGCAACUACUGGAAAGCUUUCGCUGCCAUCUACUCCUGGAUGGGUGCCUCCGUUGACGCCGUCAUGACGAAUUCAACCUGGACACAGGGCCAUAUCAAGAAGCUUUGGGGACCACGCCGAGAAGCAAGGAAGAAGGACCACCCCAUUGCCGUUGUAUAUCCACCAUGCGCCGUUCGCGAGCUCGAGGCCCAAAUCCCGGUCGAUGAGGCAAACGAGGAGCGUCGUGAGAAGGUCCUGGUAUACAUCGCGCAGUUCCGACCCGAGAAGAAUCAUACUCUCAUACUCAACGCUUUCGCCGAGUUUGUAGCAAGCGGGGGUGAAGCCUCCAAAGACGCUAAGCUUGUCCUCGUGGGUAGUGUCCGCGAUGAUGCCGACUCGAAACGUGUCUACCAGUUGAGAUUGCUGGUUAAUGAACUGCACAUCAAAGACCAGGUUAUCUUCCAGCUCAAUGCUAGUUGGCCCGAUAUCCUGCAGUGGUUGAGCAAGGCGUACGUUGGAGUAAAUGGCAUGUGGAACGAACACUUCGGCAUCGGCGUCGUUGAGUACCAAGCUGCGGGCUUAAUCUGCGUUGUGCAUGACAGCGGGGGCCCCAAGAUCGACAUCGUCACUGAAGUCGACGGUGAGCCCACAGGCUUCCAUGCAACAACCUCAACAGAAUUCGCUGAGGGCUUUGAGAAGGCGCUCUCGCUUCCAGACCCCCUAUCCGUCAGACGACGAGCUCGCAUCUCGGCAACGAGAUUCACGGAGGAAGAGUUCGCACGGAAAUGGUUAGCUCAGAUGGAAUACCUAGUUGCCCUGAAGAAGAGCAAUUCGUGAUGCUUUUUCUCAUAAGGGCUAGAUGUAAGUCCUGGUUAUAGCUAUUCAGAGAGCUAGACCAUCGCGUUUCUAUACGCAGAGUUGUAAGAAUAUGGGCAUGGACAAAUCAUAGGAGGUAGAUAGGACGAGAUCCGGAUGAUACCCCUGGGCUUCCAUCUGGUGGCGGGAGCCAAUUUUUCUUAGGCAGCACAACGGUCGUGUAAUAUAAAAAAUAGAGGAGUCUUAUUUUUGUUUUGGGAGGGUUGUGCACACCAUGAAGGCGUCCUUGGUUCACGCUCGCCAUGUAUCAACGCAAAAUUGUACGUGUACAUUGGCC